CUGGGGCAACACCAUGCCAAUCCAGCUCAUCGCCUCGAGAUUGUCCGAGUUCACCAAUGGGAUUGCGUUCAAAGACCUGCCCGCCACGUUUCGCCAAUCCGCAGAAUUGGCUCUCGAACUGGGCGUCAAAUACAUCUGGAUCGACUCCCUAUGCAUCAUCCAAGACUCUGCGUCCGACUGGCUCCACGAAGCACAGCGCAUGGCUUCCGUAUACGCCUUUUCCCAUCUCACAAUUGCAGCUUCAGCUUCGAAAAACCCUACGACGGGAUUAUCGCCAGGCCCUCGGCCUCGCACCGUCAUUGUCCGCCCGUCCUGGAAAGGCUUCAUCCAGGAAUGGGGGUUGCAGCCUGGCCAGACGCUCCGCAUCACCAACCCGUGGUAUGAAGAAUUCAAAAACACCAUUGUUUCGGCUCCUCUCAACCGCCGCGGGUGGACGUAUCAGGAGUACGCGCUGGCUCCUCGUGUGCUGCACUGCACGGACGGCGAAUGGUGGUGG